AUGGGUGUCGCCUCUGCCCUUGUCUUUGCCAAUCUUGGUGCUGCAUACGGUACAGCCAAGUCUGGAGUAGGUAUUGCUUCCAUGGGUGUAAUGCGUCCAGAGCUAGCGAUGCGGAACAUCAUUCCCGUGGUCAUGGCUGGUGUGUUGGGCAUCUACGGUUUGAUCGUCGCGGUGAUCAUUCAGGGCUCAAUCGAUCCUCCGAACGGCAAUUCGCCCAAGUACGGCUCUUACUCUGGCUUUGCGCACUUGGCUGCGGGUCUGUGCUGUGGUUUGAGUGGUCUAGCAGCUGGUAUGGCUAUUGGAGUGGUGGGCGAUGCGGGUGUACGAGCCGUGGGGCAACAGGAGAAGCUGUUUGUGAACAUGAUCUUGAUUCUGAUUUUUGCAGAAGCUCUCGGUCUGUACGGCUUGAUUGUGGCGCUCAUUCUGUCGCAAAAGAAGAGCGACUGCCCGACGGAGUAA